GUUAUAGAGACGAGAGAGGAAGCUCUCUCCUCCACCAGAUAUCUCUCUCCAAUCUCUCUCUCUCUCUCUGAAAUCUUAUUUGUACUCUUUGAUCGCCAUUUUCAUUACCAUCUUCCAUUUCUCCGCUUUCUCUCAAAUGGAAGCGGUUCAGAUGGAAGAACUUACAUCCGGCGCCAGCAGUCGGAUCAUUCCGGUCUUUCAAAACUUCAGACGAUCCUUCCUCUCAUACCGAUCUCUACGUCGUGUAUUCAUCUUCAUACAAUCGAUUUUCCUUUGGUUCCUUCUCCUCCUUCGACAAAGCCGACUAUUAUCGCUUUCUCUUCUAUCAUCCUCCUCUUCAUCUUCUCAACCUCUUUCUCCCACAUCCACAUCCACAUCCUCAUCCUCAUCCUCAUCGUCUUCCUUUAAACGGAGACCUGUUCUAAAGAGAGAGGAAGAAGAUACUUUAAGGCGUCGAGCCCUCGCUGAGGCCUUACAGAUGGUAGUGGAAACCGAUGAUGGAAUCAUUCAGUGCGAAUGGAGCACCUCUUUGUUCUUUGGAGUUAAAAGAAACGCCUUAUUUUGCCGUUCCUGGUUUCCUGUCUCCGGAGAAGUUAGGGGGAUUAUAGUAAUUUUACAUGGGUUGAACGAACACAGUGGGAGAUAUGCUCAUUUUGCAAAACAUCUAACUUCUUGCAACUUUGGAGUCUAUGCAAUGGAUUGGAUAGGUCAUGGUGGGAGUGAUGGACUGCAUGGAUAUGUGCCUUCACUUGAUCAUGUUGUUGCUGACACUGGUGCUUUCUUGGAGAAAAUUAAGUCAGAGAAACCCGCAACACCAUUGUUUCUCUUUGGUCACUCAACUGGUGGUGCUGUUGUUCUAAAAGCAGCGACAUAUCCUCACAUUGAGGAGAUGCUGGAAGGAAUUAUUCUCACUUCACCAGCUUUGCGUGUGAAGCCAUCUCAUCCUAUUGUUGGUGCUGUGGCACCUAUAUUUUCUCUUGUGAUCCCCAAGUACCAGUUCAAAGGAGCAAACAAAAAGGGAAUUCCAGUUUCAAGGGAUCCAGCUGCCCUCUUGGCCAAGUAUUCAGACCCAUUAGUCUAUACAGGACCAGUGAGGGUCCGAACAGGCCAUGAAAUACUUAGAAUUUCAUCUCAUCUGAUGCGAAACUUCAAGACCGUGACAAUCCCAUUCUUUGUCCUACACGGGACAGCAGACAAAGUUACAGACCCUUUAGCCUCUCAAGAUUUAUACAAAGAGGCUGCGUCUGAAUUCAAGGAUAUAAAGCUUUACGAAGGUUUCCUGCACGAUCUUCUUUUUGAGCCUGAGCGAGAAGAAAUCGCUCAGGACAUCAUUGAUUGGAUGGAGAAUCGAUUGAAUAAUAAUAAUAAUGCUGCUGCUGCCGCUGGUAAAUCUUGAAAAUGUUUUAUUGGCCAAGAAUGAUUUGCGAUUUUAUAUUUUUUUUUGGGUUUUUACCACAUAAACAACAAAGACAGAAAUAUUCUUGUUUGUCUUUACUUAUAUAUUAUAUUUUGGGUGAAACACAGUGACAAAGCCUCUUCGAUGUAAUGUAUGUAUAAAGUGGGGGAGGCUUUGUCUUAGAAUUAUAAUAUUAUCGAAAUAGAACUUGGUUUUAAUUUU